AUGGACAGGGAAGAUUACGACUCUCGCGUCCGUGCAAUGAUCGAAACCGGCCCGUAUGAAGAAUAUAAAUUCAAAAACGGCAAAUCCAAAGACCCGCUGAAUGUGAUGAUCGACGAAGCGAAUUUCGCUCAGCAGAAUGUAGCGCGUUUAAUGGGUGAAGAAAAACUCAUACGGAAAUUUCACGUUCCCAACCCGACGGUGGCAUCGCUGUACUGUCUACCGAAGAUCCACAAGAAUCCAGUUGGAAUGCGACCCAUUUCAUCAAACAUCCGUACACCCACCGAAAAAUUGGCAGCUUGGCUGGUAGAGGAGAUGAAGCAGUACCCCGUCACACACGGCAAAAGUGUGAAAAAUUCUGUAGAUUUCGUACAACAGCUAGAAGGAUGCAAGGUAAGACGAGGUGAGAUCUUGGUAUCGUUUGACGUUGCGUCACUAUUUCCAAGCGUACCAAUCGCCGACGCCUUGAGAAGCCUGCGCCGACAUUUAGAACGUAGUCGGGCGCCACACCAUCACAUUCAGGCCUACCUUCUAGUGGCUGAGGUGUGUAUGAAUCAGAAUUUUUUCACAUUUAGAGGGAAGUUCUAUAGGCAAACGUUUGGUCUUAGUAUGGGUAGCAAACUUUCACCCCUUCUGGCGAACGUCUUCAUGAACGACUUUGAGGUAGAUGCUGAAAAGCAAAAGUUUUUCCCUCGAGUCUGGCGGCGCUAUGUUGAUGAUAUCUUCGCACCGGUGAAGGAACGCUACCUAGAGCAGACACUGAACAUGCUGAACUCCCGCCACAGCUCAAUUAAGUUCACAGUAGAAAGAGAAGUGGAUGGAAAAUUGCCCUUUCUAGAUUUGAUGGUCACCAGAAAGGAGGACGACACGUUGAAAUUCGGUAUUUACCGAAAACCGACAUCCACUGAUCGAUACAUCACCUCGGACUCCAAUCACUUCGGCGCUCAAAAGCAAGCCGCCUUCCACUCUAUGGCACACCGUCUCUAUAAUGUACCUAUGGAGGAAGAAGAGUUCGCUGAAGAAAAGGAACGUAUCUACAAGGCGGCGGAAGUAAAUGGAUACGAAAAGGAGUUCACCAGCAAAAUUUUACAAAAACACAAACGCAAGAAACGCCUACAGAACAUAACCACACUACAGCCGGAGAGGGAUGAAGCUAAAAGGAUUAGCCUACCAUUUUAUCCAAAAGUCACAAACCCAAUCAAAAACACACUCAAACGUCAAGGACUACACAUAGUACACAAAAGCGACAACACUCUACGCGACCUGUUGUGUAACCUUAAGGACAAGAUUCCGGCGGAUGAGCAGUCUGGAAUUUACCGAAUUCCCUGCCAGGAUUAUCCCUCGGUGUACAUCGGACAAACUCGUCGCAAAGUAAAAGUUCGCCUUAAAGAACACAAAAAUGCUGUCGACAACAAUAAAUCAAACGAUUCAGCUGUGGCAGCGCACACGACGGCCUCCAAUCAUCAAAUUGAUUGGAAAAGUGCGAAGCUCAUCAAAACAGUACGAAAACCCUCACACCUCAAUGCAUGGGAAUCAAUGCAUAUCAACAACACACAGGAACCACUGAUGAAUGAAGAUGAUCCUCCCAUCACAUCAUCUUUGUUCAACUUGACGAAGCUGAAAAUACAGUAA